AUGUCCAGCGACCUGCUCCGACGUCUCGACGCGCUCGUCGACUCCGCCGCAUCGUCCCUCCCGCCGCAGGCCCAGGCGUACCUCACGCGCACGAACCUGCAGUCGUUUCUGCGCAUCGUGGUCAUCGUGGCCACGUACCUCCUCUUCCGACCGCACCUGGAGACGCUGUUUCGCAAAAUCACCGGGACGCCGGACAAGAGGCAGGAAGAGAUCAAGGCGCGGAUAGAGUUCCUACAACAGCAACAGCAGCAGGAAGCGGCGGCCAUGUUCGGCGGGAAGAUCCCCGUGCUCAACAAGGAGGGUAAGAUCCUGAAGCUGGUGACGCCCGAGGAGGCGGAGACGUUGAAGAGGCAAGGUGCGGCCGUGGAUGGGCCCACGGGUAGUACGGGUACAGGCACAGGCACAGGCACAAGCGCAAACGGCCCUACUUCUGCCGGUGGUAAUGGUGGGAAGCCAAAGAAGAAGGCAAAGACCAAGAAGAAGGCAUGA